AUGGGCCGCUACUCGGGCAGGAGCAGCAGGCUCAUCCUCAUGUGCAUGGUGAGCCUUGUGCUUUUUGCUGUCGAGAUCUCAAUAGCCUACGUUGGCAAUUCUCUUUCCUUAGCUUCAGAUGCCUUUGCUGUUUUCUCUCACUUGAUCUCCAUGAUCAUAGGUUUGUUCAGUGUUAGGUUCAGUGGUAUCAGAUGGCACAAGGCUAACACUUACGGCUUCAGCCGGGCAGAUGUGCUGGGAGCUUUUGGCAACUCUGUUUUUGCCACCGCUCUGAUGUUUAGCAUCUUUGUUGAGGCAAUCAAGAGGUUUAUCAAUCCUCAGAAGACUGAGAAAGCACUGCUCGUCCUCGCUGUCGGGAUCGCAGGUCUGCUCUUCAAUGUGUUCAGCUACGUUAUCUUCAUGGACUGCUGUUAUUGUCGUGCACCCCAAGAAGACACGGAAACAGUUGGUUUUGAGAAGGUUGAUGUUUUUUCUGUUUGUAGAACUUAUACACAACACAGCGUUUCUUCUUUGAAUGCAGGUGAUUCACCAAAUGACCAAAAAAGCCCUGAAGAGGGGUCUGAGAAGAAAAAAGAGAGAAAGUCUGAAGCCUUGAACAUCAGAGGUGUUCUUUUGCAUGUUAUGGGAGAUGCACUUGGAUCUGUGGUCGUGGUAGUUGCUGCUACAAUCUUCCAUGUACUUCCUCUGGGGAAUGCUCCGUGUAACUGGCAGUGCUACAUCGAUCCAAGCCUGACAAUAAUUAUGGUGUUCAUCAUCUUGUCUUCUGCAUUCCCACUUAUCAAGGAGACCUCAAUUAUUUUGUUGCAGAUGGUUCCCAAAGGUGUUAAUAUGCAACUACUGACUGACAGACUAGCUCGUGUACCGGGGGUUAGCAGCCUUCAUGAGGUGCAUGUUUGGGAGCUUGCAGGUGGGAAGAAUAUUGCUACUCUUCAUAUCAAGUGCCAAACCCCUACUGAUUACCAAGAUGCUGCUUAUAAAAUUCGGAAGGUUUUCCACGAAGCAGGGAUCCAUUCUGUGACCAUCCAGCCCGAGUACAUUGACCACAAGACCUCCCAGCUACUGUGCAGCUCACCCUGCAUCUCAAAAGCUUGUGACUCUCAGCUGUGCUGCAGUCAGCGGGAGCCCCCCCUGGCUAAAACUAAUGGCUAUACUGAGAAAAACGAUAGUUGCCUUUCUGAACUGCGUAAAGACAAUGGUUCAAGUAAAAACGAUAUUGAAAUCCCUAUCGAGUACCCACUGGCAGAGGAUAGCGUUAAAAAUGUUAAAAAUUGUGACAAGUCUGAUGAGAAAUCCCAGUUGAGCAGUACACGACUUUAGGCAAUUCCCUCUACUCUGCAUAAUGUCUUCAUAGAACAAAUGUAUCCUGGCUGGGAAGGGGGUCAUUGGUGGUUCUAGCUGAAGUUGGUGUGGCAAAAAGAUUUCUGUGCUUUAGCUGUAAACCAAAAUACACCUAAAACCCCCUUGUAUCUGAAAAAAGGAUUAAUAUUUCCACGAAGGGUGUUGCAUUCACGUAAGAUUUUUUUGAUACAGCCUAACCUAGUUCUUACCAAACUACAUGUGAAUAUCUGUUGUUAGAGUGGGUGGGGUGUAUUGCUGUCUGCACUGAUGCUUGUAGUUAAUGGCCAGUGGCACUGGGAAUGAAACUCUGGCCUUUUCUGCUGAAGUGAGCUGUUUCCUGAAAGUCCUGUGGCCAGUUAACAAUUGUACUGGGCUAAAGUACUGUAUAUUUAUAAAGGACUUCAGUAGAGAUGCUUUACUGAUCCUUAAAACCAUUUUUGCCAUAGACAGUUCUUGUUUAACAGUAACACUUGUGCUUCUGGCCAGUGGGGUUUGUGAAUGAAAUUAAGAGUGUCUAAGGGGGAUGGGAAGCACUCAGGAAUUUUUGCUUCCAUUGUUUUCUUGAUUGACUCCUGUAUUUAGGGACAGAGCGGAAGCUGGUCUUGCUUCUCAAUUAGUAAUACUGGAGUCCUACCCUAAUCACAGAUAAGUAUGCUAAAGAAUAGACUUCUUAUCAUGAAAGCAAAGAAAGACUUACUAACGUUGUCUGUACUGAUUCUAGCAAAUGGAAGUGCAGGCAGUCAUCCAAUUAACUUUACCUUGUUCGCUGUUGUGAUUGUGUACAACUCAGUCUUUUUUUUUU